AUGACAGCCACUUCUAUCUCCCCUCACAAGCUCGCCGGUCGCCAUGUCUUUCUGCCCGCUCCCUCUCCCGACCCUGUUUCUGUCAGGCUUCCGGACUCACCUGAGAAGAAUAACUUGACCUCUACUGAAAGGUCUCGCGGUCUUCGUCGGCUGCAAUCCCACAAUCAGCUCUCCUCGACCAGCAAUAUGGGCACCCAAUCUUCCAAUCUGAGGCCUCGGUCUGGGGUCUUGACGAAGCCCUCACGCGAACAGAUCAGUCAACCUCAGCCAUCGGCGACACAACAACAUACCACUGUUUCAAACGCCGUUAGCCAUUCUCGCGCCCGCGCAAACAGCGAUGCCCCUCUGCCCCAUGUGCCUCGCAACCGCAAGCCGCCGCCUACACUUCUCUCAAAUCCCUCCUCCAACCAUAUUCUGACGCAUGCCCGCAAGUCCAGCCUCGAAAUGACCCUUCGUGAUGGGCCACCGCCUGGGACUACCGCUGCCACCGCCCUCUCUUUGCUCCGACACUCUAUCCUUACCAGUGGAGUUAAUGCAACCAAAGAAGGCAUGUCCGAUUACCGAAUAUAUCUGUGGUUGACUCUUCUGAACAUCGGCCCCCUCUCGACUGAUACCUAUCUUGAUCUCAUACACCGAAGUCGCAGCCCUGCCUACGAGAAGAUCUCCAACGAUGUCUUCCGCACGUUGGCAACCGAUACACUUUUCAAGCGACGUGUUACGGAUGCGAGUUUGACCCGACUGUUGAAUGCAACCGCUUGGCGGAUACAUGAUGAACAGUCUUCCGAUCCUCCCUCGGAAUUUGCUCAGAGAUAUCCUCAAUCCACAUACCUCCAGGGCAUUAACGUUCUUUCCGCUCCGUUGCUAUACGCAUCUCGCUCGGAGGCUCAGGCAUACGCGAUCCUGACAAGCCUAUUGACUGAGCAUAUUCCGACGUACCUCUCUCCGACCAUGUCCGGCGUACAUAGAGGACUUGAUCUCAUCGACAGAAUCUUGUCGGAGAUAAAUCCGACCCUCUCAUCCUUCCUGCUCAGCAAGUCUCUACCGGCGAAGAUCUACGCCUUUCCUUCCGUCUUGACAUUGUGUGCGUGCACUCCACCUCUUCCAGAGGUCCUUAAACUAUGGGACUUCUUGUUCGCAUUUGGGGUGCAUUUAAACGUCAUCUGCGUUGUUGCUCAGCUCCUCUUGCUGAAGGACAAGCUUCUUGGAGAACCCAGUCCUGCGAAGAUGCUGCGAAGUUUUCCGAACCUGAACGCUGAUGAGGUGAUCAAGAUGACUGUGUGGAUUGUGAGAGAACUGCCCGAAGAACUGUACCGCGACGUUGUUAUACAUGGCCGGGAAAUAUCAUAG